AUGGGUCGAACGUCCAUCGUCUCUCUUCGCGUCUUCCAGGGCCUCCUGGCCGCCGCCAAUCUCGGGCUCUCGGCAUAUGUCGUCCACUGGUAUCUCGUCACCACCCGCCGCGGCUCACCCGCCUCGCUCAACUUCCUCGUCUUCGCCUCGUCCUUUUCCGUCCUCUCGCUCCUCUACCUCGAGCUCGCGCCGCGCCUGUGCCCGCGCGCCGCCCACCCCUACGGCUGCAUGAGCGUCGAGGCCUGCAACGCCCUCUUCUACUUUGCCGCCUUCAUCGCCCACGCCGUCUUCCUCGGCGGGCUCGCCAUGUGCCGCGGCACCGUCUGCACCGUCGGUCGCGUCGACUCCAUCAUUGCUGCCGCCGCCUUUUGCGCCUGGAGUGCCUCGACCAUCCUCACCGCCAAGCAAAUGUUCAUGACGGGCGUGCGCAAGUCGGGCGCCGACCAUGCCAACAACACCAAGGCGAUGCAGAUGCAGGAUGCUUGA